GUCAACUUUUGCAGACCAUCUACAACUCUAAAGAGGGACGAGUCUAGAACCUUCCGGGGCACCAGACCAUUGAAGUGAUGGACCGCGUUGCGAGGCUGGUGUCGGAGCGGGCGGUGGUGGUGUUCACGGCGAGCAACUGCAGCAUGUGCGACGUCGUGACGUCGCUGCUGGGCAGCCUGGGCGUGAACGCUGCCGUGCACGAUCUGGACAGGGACCCCCGGGGCCGGGAGAUGGAGCGGGAGCUCGCCAGGAGGCUGGGCGGCGGCUCCGGGCCCGGUGGCAGCACACCGACCGUGCCGGCGGUGUUCGUGGGCGGCGACCUCGUCGGUGGGACCAACAGGGUCAUGGCGCUGCACCUCGCCGGCGAGCUCGUGCCCAUGCUCAGGAACGCCGGCGCGCUCUGGCUGUAGAGAAAUUGAUCGAGAACGUCCAAGCGCGUGCAUGGCAUGCACACGCGUACGUUCAUGCAUGUCGUCUUAGCUUUAUCGUCAGUCAGAUGUGUAUACUAUAAAAUAAAAAAAGAUGGUAGGAAGGAGAUAGGGAGAGAUGUAGAAGUGUGCGUGAAUGCCAGGUUUUUUGUGUCCUGUGCUUGGAAUAUAGAUAAGUAUUUCAUCAAAA